AGGAGAGGUAAGUGAAAGAGAGAAAGAGAUAGAAACAGAGAGCGGAAUAAGGACAUGUGGGGAAAACCCCACAAGCUUGAAGCUGGAGAUCGAGCUGCGAUAGAGAACGGCUAUGGAGCUAAAGAAGGAGAGAGAAGAGUAGUUGCUUGGGAAGAGUAGAUGUGCACACAAUUCAAGGUGUGUAAGAGAAACACACAAAGAAUCUCAGUACACAAGAAGACCAUGAGGAGAGAAAGGAGAGACGCCUCUUCUUGGCUCUUCUUUUAAAGCUGCUGCAGCUCCACAACACCACUAGCAGCCGAGAAACAACGGAGAGACCUUCUUCUUGAACAUAGCUUUGUUUGAUGCAGGAGACGGCUUCUCAGACCCAGACCCAGACGCAUACGUGCGGUUAUUAUACGACAUAUUCACAUACUGCUGCUUCAUUUUUCUGCAAUGGGUCACCCCUACUUGCAUAGAUGCUAUAAUGAAUAGCACACGAGGUUUUUAAUUGUUCGCGAAAAACGAGCUGCAUUUUCCAAUUUAUCUGUUUUCUCUGAUGUUGAUAUCGGUAUACCCGUUGAGAAUCUAGCAAUACAACAAAACAAAGAUACGGAGAAAGAGGGAGUAUAAAAAGGAUGGAAAAAAGAACACAAUUUAUCGCCUGAAGACUUGCGUCAGUGAAACGCGCGAUUGACGUAAUUCGCUGACGCGUGCACGAGUACCUCCGAUAUACAUAGUCCCUCGGGUUUCUGAAGCACGGGGAAGAAUUUCACCAUUGGAUUCUUCAUCGUCCUAUUCUGGGUAUCGAGCAUUGAACUGCCAUACAGCAGCCGUAUUUUCUGAGUGGUAGAGGAUUCAGGAUUCGGAUACACCGGGACGAAACACCCGGCGCCCUGAACUGCAGCCCUGCGAGUGGCAGGCCCCACUUUUUACCCAGGGGUAAAAUCCCCAUCUGCUCGUCAACCCGGGGGAAAUAAUUCCGUUCAUCGUUCGCAUCGUUUUUCAACAGCUAUAACGCAUCAUAAAGGCAGGGUAGCAUUGAAGAGGAAGAAACGGAAAACAAGGCACGUGGCAUACGUCAUUGUCGUACACACGAAUUAUGUGUCUCGGCAUCUCUCGUCUCUGAUCUUUCUCGCUGUGGUGUAUAGGUGAGCCUCUAGAUACGAUUGACCUGCGUGAAGCUUAGGUAUAAAAUAGCCCUAAGAGAAGCAAAUAUAUUCACUAGUCAGCUUAUGGCUGGGAGUAUUCGUCGAAGUCGAGACUCAGCCGUAGCAUCGGGACGGAGUAGCGACAACGGGACGACCGACCGACGCUGACGUAGAUGCCAACCAACCACCACAAGCGGACGAUCCAUGUAUAACUACAUAUCUACACGCAUACAUGGAGAACUCGCUGCUCUCCAAACUCACACAAAUGCGAAUUUCACAUUUAACCAAGCUGCGCACAGAGGGCGACAGGAAAGCGUGUACGGCAGGGAGGGCAGGGAACGUGUUCGGUUUAACCCACACAGACAGAAAGCUGUUGAGAGAAAGAGAAGGAAGAUCUUGUCUGUGUAGUUUGUUGGGUGGUUGUGUUGAGUGUAGAGCGUUCGUCGAAUCCGCCGCUUCAGGCUGAAAGCUCCGCUCGCUGCUCCUCCUCGCCUAGCAUCGAUCUCCGCGCGUUUAAUUUCGAGUCGUCGCGUCGACCGGCAACGUAAGCGCGCGCCUCUGCAACAAGACAUCAUCAGCAGCAGCAGAACUAGCAGCACCAGCAACAGCGGCAGAAGCUAGGAGAACGAUUACUAAAAGAGGGAGGAGAGCGAGCAGCAGCCGUGAACAAUCACAGAUACGUGAGGAAGAUAUUCGAAGGGCAUCCUGGAAAUAAAGUCAAAGUGCUAAGAGCUGAGAGAAAAAGGAAGCGGCAGCGACAGCGAGGGACGACGAAACGAUCAUUCGUCCGGUGGUGCUGCCCUCAGUUGGGUAGUUGAUUUACCACAGUUAUCACAAUGGCUUCUGUGAAAGACACAGCUACUUUCUUCGCAGAGGGAACUGCAAAUCAAUUUGAGCACGUUAUUAAACUUUAUCCUCAAGCUUUGAGGCUGAAGGCGGACAGGAAGACUAAAAAACCAGAAGAAUUGAUCAAAUUGGACGACUGGUACCAAAAUGAACUGCCCAAGAAAAUUAAAUCCAGGGGAAAAGAUGCUCAUCUUAUUCAUGAAGAGCUGGUACAGACCAUGAAGUGGAAACAAACGCGUGGCAAAUUUUACCCACAACUUUCGUACCUGGUAAAGGUAAAUACCCCAAGAGCAGUCAUGGCAGAGACAAAAAAAGCAUUUAAGAAGCUCCCAAAUUUAGAACAAGCCAUCACAGCAUUGUCGAACUUGAAGGGUGUUGGAACUACCAUGGCUUCUGCUCUGCUUGCUGCAGCAUCUCCAGAAAAUGCUCCUUUCAUGGCAGACGAAUGUUUGAUGGCAAUUCCAGAGAUUGAGGGCAUCGACUAUACCACUAAAGAGUAUCUGAACUUCGUUCAGCACAUUCAGACCACAGUUGAAAGGCUCAACAAACAAAUAGCAAAUGGAAAAUCGUGGAGCCCACACAGAGUGGAAUUGGCUCUUUGGACUCACUACGUUGCUUCAGAGCUGAAACCUGAGCUGCUUGAUGGGAUUCCCGGCACAACUGAAAACGGAAAUUCACAUCCCACAAAUGGAGAGACGACAGAGCCGUCCGAUGAUAGCAACCAGGAACCAGCUGUUGUUGUGGCUAAUGGAAAGGAGCCAAUAGAUCCUGCUGCCAUUGAUGAAAAUAGUACAACUUCUUUUACCGAAGAUUCUUUGGAUAAACCGGCGACUCCGAUAACGGUAGCUACGACGACAACGCCGAGUGAGGAUACUAAUGAUUCUCUUGCAACAAAUGAGAGUAACACUCGACCAACUGAUAGCGAGGAUACCGAAGAUUCGCAGGAUACCCAAGAGCCCCCGGUUAAAAAAAGCAAGAAGUGACCCCCUAGCCAAUCCCAAUUACAUACCGUUACCCACAUCGUGUCAGCUAAUAAUUCUGCGCUGAUCGUGGCUAGGCGAUACUAAACUCCGGGAUUACGGGUUCAGUUUACAUCUUAACUAUUCCAAGUUAUAAGUUAAUUAUUAAUUAUUAUAACAGAACACGGAGGCAAAGGCAGCCUCUGUGUCUACAAAGUGCAUCGUUUGUUCCUCCCUCUUCCGCAAGAAUUUCAAGCCCCUCCCUUUCCUCUCCCAUCCAAAUAUAUCCUUGUUGUUACUCUACCUUGCAGUGUUCUUAGCAAUCUCAACGUCUCAGAUUUUUUUUUACUCGUUAGAUAACUCUUUGAUUCCCUCCUAUUUGUAAUUUUGAUCGAUGAAAUUUAUUGGGCUAAAAUUAUUGCGGAAGUAAGAAAUUUUAAUUUUGUAACUUAAUUAGGUACCUAUUCUCUAAGUGAUGAAGCGUCGUAAUAUUUAAUUUGUUAGCUAACUGGUCGGCGGAUUUUUUCUCCAAUCCAGUGGUCAAUUAAAUACAAAAAACAUUUAUAAGUAACAAUUCACACAACUCAACUCAGUCACACUUACGGUGAAUGAAAUGAAAUGAAAUAUUUUACGAUUAAAAAACAAAUAGACAGACAGAAAAAAUAUGAAUUUAAAAACUAAACAAAUUAAUAAAAAUAAACAAUUAAUUAAAUAAAUAAAUAAGAUUAAUAGUAAAAUAUUGAUCGUGAGACGGACAGGAAAUUAUUUAGCGACAAGCGUUGCACCAUCGAUAAUGAUUUAAUUCUGGCGUGACGUUAGUUUCUUUUUUCUGUAGUAAAAAAAAUAUCUUCAAUUUAUAUAUACAAUAUAAUUCUAUAAGAAGCAUUGGGGCCCCAGCCGCACGAGGUCUACCUUUAUCUGAUACCUGUUUAUCCUCUCCACCGCAACUCGACACCUAAUUUGAUUUCGUUGCUGCACUGGGACCUUCCGUAGACGUAAGAAAGUUAUUGUUCGUAUCCAAUAAUCAUUAAUUAUUUCAAUGAUUUUUCCCAAACACAUAUAUUCACACACACUGCAGAGUAUAAUUAUUAAACUGGCUAUAAUGGACAAAUAAAUUUCAUCAAGACAUCCAAUAGAUCAAUUAUCAUCGUAGAUACACCUUUCUAAUUAUAUGUUUGUUAUUUGAUAAUAUUUGUCUCAAAUUAUUUACAGUCGUACCAUCGUAAUGAGAGAUUAAAAGAAAAUUUUAAGGGAAUUCAAAGAACGUACAAUCGAAAUACCGAGUCCGAGGUGGGGAGGCACAAAGGGGAUUGAGUGCUAAUGAGUCUUUAUACUUUGUGUCAAAAACUUGAUCGUUUUGCUUUUUUUGACAAAGGGGCGGGUGAGCUUUAAAGAGACUAAUCGCUCCAAAAUUCAAAUUUAAUUUUAUUUACCAGUAACAACCAGUAACUGAUACACCCGUGACCAGCGAACAGAGCGGUACGCUAAUAUUAUCUUAAUCAUAAUAUUAAUAAUAAUAAUAAUAAUAAUAAUAAUACUGAAUCAUUACCAUAAUUUAUAUACUUACCUUGAACUGCAUGUGAAAACGUAUGCAUGGAGUAAACCAAAUACCUUUUAAGUAAGGAUUGUUAGAAAAUGAAGUAAAAGUAACUCUUUCCGAGAGUCAGCCUACCCAAGAGAUUGCAGUGGCAGCAGAUCUUCACCACGUCCGAGGUUUAUGUACAGGGAUUUAACUAGUAUUUUUGCAUAAUGACCAUAAGUAAAUAAAUAAAUGAAUAAAUAAAUAAUUGAACGAGGGAAAAGACACAAAAGGAAAAGAGGAAAGAAAAUUGAAAUCGUACCUUUAAUGAAUUAAAAAUUGAAGAAACUUGAGAGGAUAAAAAUAAAGAAAGAUAUUCGAUACGAAAAAAAUAGCGACAAAACGUAGUAUAUAUAAUGGAGAAGUUGACCAGCUAGAAUUUCGCUGCUAUACAUUCUCAAUCUCUCUUUUCACAAGCAUACAAACAAAUAAAUUACAUAUUCUCUUUCUCUCUUUCCUUUUUCUCCCCAAAUUUUAUAUAAUUGUAUUUGUAUGUUAUAAUUCACAAGAACAUGAAGCGAUAAAAAGAAAAUGAUGAAUUUAAAUUAAUUAGCAACUCAGAUAUACUUUGCAUUAUUACAUUAAUCAGAUCAUUGAUGAUAUACAGCUGUUCUCAAAGGAAGUUAUAGGUUGCGAAUCUAUUUUCCAAAAUAUAUAAUUAUAUGUAUAAAUAAUAAUUAAAUUUAAAAUUGAUAACGAU